AUGGCGGGAGUCACGGACAGGAUGCUGGACUUCUUCGCGGGGGCGCCGGCGGAGCGUCUGAAGGGAACCACCAAGGGUCUGUUCGCAGUCGGAGUGCUCACCAACAUCUGGAUCCCCACCGCGGACCCGGUGAUUGCUCUCCUGGGACUUGUGUGCGUGUUCCUCGCGUCCAUAGAGCUCCUGAACCUGUUCCUCAUCAUCACACCAGCAAGCAUCCUUAUGGACAUCAUUCGUCUGGCAGUUGUUUCGCGCCCCAAGGGUUUCGCUCUGGCGGUGCUCCUGGAGGUGGUCCUCAUGGCGAUCAAGGGCUGCGCGACGUACUUCGCAAUAUCGCUGAAGAGGUCCCUGGAGGACGGGUACGACAGCGGCGGCGGACAGUACCAGUCGCAGCCGACGUUUGACCAGGGCCCACCAUCUGCGGACCCCUACCCGUACCAGGCGCCCUCCGCGCCGGGCGGCGGCGGCGGCGGGCAGUAG